UUUCAAAACAAAAGAGCACAAGACAAAUCUUGGUUUCGCAUGGAGGAGAAUUCUUCACCUCCCGCUGAUGGCCAAACUGAAGUUUCAUGGAAAUGACCACCAUAAUACUGAAACUGCAUGGAAAAGAGCACCUUUGGGUCAAGGUUAAUAACUGAACAAAACGAAGAUAGAGGGAACAGAGGGGGAAUACAGGAAAUAAACUCCCAUGGCAGCAGAAGCAAUUUUAGGAGCCUUCAUGCAAACCCUCUUUCAGAAAUUGUCAGAAGCAGUUCUUGAUCACUUCCAAUCUUGCAGAGGCAUCCAUGGCAAGUUGGAGAGCCUCUCACACACGCUUUCUCAGUUACAGGCCUUCCUUGAUGAUGCUGAGGCAAAGCAGUUGGCAGAUUCGUCUGUACGGGGAUGGUUAGCAAAUCUCAAGGACGCCGCAUAUGAUGUUGAUGAUCUGCUUGACAGCUAUGCAGCCAAAGUUUUGUAUCUGAAGCAGAAGAAGAUGAAACUUUCCACAAAGGCAAGUAUCAGUUCUCCUUCGUCCUUCUUGCAUAGAAAUUUGUACCAGUACAGGAUAAAGCACACUAUUAGCUGCAUAUUGGAGAGAUUGGAUAAAAUUACAAAAGAACGCAACACCCUUGGGCUCCAGAUUUUAGGUGAGAGCAGGUGUGAGACCUCAGAGAGACCGCAGUCUAGUUCUCUUGUAGAUAGUUCAGCUGUAUUUGGCAGGGCGGGGGACAGAGAGGAAAUUGUGAGGCUGAUGCUCUCUGAUAAUGGACAUAGUUCUUGCAAUGUUUGUGUAAUUCCAGUAGUUGGCAUGGGGGGUCUUGGUAAGACCACUCUUAUGCAAAUGGUGUACAAUGAUGACAGAGUGAAAGAACACUUUGAAUUGAGGAUCUGGGUCUGCGUGUCUGAAAGUUUUGACGGGAGAAAGCUAACACAAGAAACUCUUGAGGCUGCUUCCUAUGACCAAUCCUUUCCUAGCACCAACAUGAAUAUGCUACAAGAAACACUCUCUGGAGUAUUGCGUGGCAAGAGGUACUUGCUUGUCUUGGAUGAUGUCUGGAACGAGGAACACGAUAAAUGGCUCAGCUAUAAAGCAGCCUUAAUUUCAGGAGGUCUUGGAAGCAAGAUAGUGGUUACAUCCCGAAAUGAGAAUGUUGGCAGAAUCAUGGGAGGGAUAGAGCCCUACAAGUUACAGCAACUAUCGGAUGAUGACAGCUGGUCUGUAUUCAAGAGCCAUGCAUUCAGGGAUGGUGAUUGCAGCACAUAUCCACAGUUGGAGGUGAUAGGCAGGAAAAUUGUCAAGAAGCUGAAGGGAUUGCCUCUUGCAUCUAAAGCAUUGGGGAGUCUCCUAUUUUGCAAAGCAGAUGAAGCGGAGUGGAAUGACAUACUAAGAAACGACAUAUGGGAGCUACCAGCAGAAACAAAUAGCAUUUUGCCAGCUCUACGGCUAAGUUACAACCGUUUACCACCACAUCUCAAGCAGUGCUUUGCAUUUUGUUCCGUCUAUCCCAAAGAUUAUAUAUACAGGAGAGAAAAGUUGGUUCAGAUUUGGCUAGCACUUGGUUUCAUCAGGCAAUCUAGAAAGAAGAUACUGGAAGAUACUGGCAAUGCAUAUUUUAAUGAGUUAGUAAGCAGGUCUUUCUUUCAGCCCUACAAGGAGAACUAUGUGAUGCAUCAUGCAAUGCAUGACCUUGCUAUAUCUAUUUCCAUGGAAUACUGUGAACAAUUUGAGGAUGAAAGAAGACGUGACAAGGCCAUCAAGAUCCGCCAUCUUUCAUUUCCAAGCACUGAUGCCAAGUGCAUGCAUUUUGAUCAACUUUAUGAUUUUGGGAAGUUAAGGACACUAAUUCUCAUGCAGGGAUACAAUUCUAAGAUGUCUUUAUUUCCUGAUGGUGUCUUUAUGAAACUUCAGUUUCUUAGAGUUCUUGAUAUGCAUGGAAGAUGUCUUAAAGAAUUACCAGAAUCUAUAGGGACUCUGAAACAACUUCGCUUCCUAGAUCUCAGUAGCACUGAAAUCAGAACAUUACCAGCUUCUAUUGCUAGGCUCUAUAACUUGCAAAUAUUGAAGCUGAACAACUGCAGUUCACUAAGGGAAGUGCCACAAGGCAUCACAAAGCUCACUAGUAUGCGCCACUUGGAGGGCAGCACAAGGCUGCUGUCAAGGAUACCUGGAAUUGGAAGUUUCAUCUGCCUGCAGGAACUAGAAGAAUUUGUUGUUGGGAAGCAGCUAGGACACAACAUCUCAGAGUUAAGAAACAUGGAUCAGCUGCAAGGAAAACUUUCCAUUCGUGGCCUCAACAAUGUGGCUGAUGAACAAGAUGCAAUUUGUGCAAAGUUGGAAGCCAAGGAACAUCUUCGAGCUUUACACCUUAUAUGGGAUGAGGACUGCAAACUCAAUCCUUCAGAUCAGCAAGAAAAAGUUCUAGAAGGCCUUCAACCAUAUCUUGACCUCAAGGAGUUAACGGUUAAAGGUUUCCAAGGGAAGAGGUUCCCAAGCUGGCUGUGUAGUUCAUUUCUUCCCAAUCUGCACACCGUUCAUAUAUGUAACUGCCGAAGCGCAGUGCUCCCACCUUUAGGACAACUCCCCUUUCUCAAAUAUCUCAAUAUUGCGGGAGCAACUGAGGUGACACAAAUUGGACGUGAGUUCACAGGACCUGGCCAAAUAAAAUGUUUUACAGCAUUAGAAGAGCUUCUACUGGAAGAUAUGCCAAAUCUGAGAGAGUGGAUUUUUGAUGUCGCUGAUCAGUUGUUUCCUCAAUUAACUGAACUUGGUUUGGUCAAUUGCCCCAAGCUGAAGAAGUUACCCUCUGUUCCAUCAACACUUACAACACUGAGGAUUGAUGAAUGUGGACUUGAGUCACUUCCAGAUCUUCAAAAUGGAGCUUGCCCAUCUUCUCUAACAUCUCUAUACAUCAAUGAUUGCCCGAAUCUAUCAUCUUUGCGUGAAGGAUUGCUUGCACAUAAUCCGAGAGCCCUCAAGAGUCUAACAGUAGCCCAUUGUGAAUGGCUUGUUUCACUACCAGAAGAGUGUUUCCGUCCACUUAAAUCACUUCAGAUCCUGCACAUCUACGAGUGCCCUAAUCUAGUGCCUUGGACAGCACUGGAGGGAGGCUUGCUUCCCACUUCAGUUGAAGAAAUCCGUCUAAUAUCAUGCUCUCCAUUGGCACGUGUACUUCUAAACGGCCUAAGAUACCUUCCUCGUCUCAGGCAUUUUCAAAUUGCUGACUACCCUGAUAUCGAUAACUUUCCACCAGAGGGUUUACCUCAAACACUUCAAUUCUUGGACAUAUCAUGCUGUGACGAUCUCCAGUGUUUGCCUCCUAGUCUGUAUGAAGUGUCCUCACUUGAAACACUACACAUCUGGAACUGUCCUGGGAUUGAAAGCUUGCCAGAAGAAGGUCUCCCCAGGUGGGUCAAGGAACUUUACAUCAAACAAUGCCCACUAAUUAAGCAACGAUGCCAAGAAGGCGGGCAGGAUCGAGCCAAGAUAGCUCACAUCAGAGACAUUGAGAUUGAUGGAGAAGUCAUUGUGCUUGAGCAGAUAUAGAAGGGAGGAGAGGAAAACGUGGGCGGCAGAACGAGGAAGCAUAACGACCAUAAGGAUAGUGAAUAUCUAUACUCAUGUAACAGUGUACUAGAAACAAGGAAACUAUGGGAUACCAUAUCGAAGGAUGGCUGGGCACCUGAGUUCUACUUAGUAGAGCAGGAAAGUAUUAUGAAAUUGUAGAUGCUCUUUGCGGACCUGUAAUGUGUGCAUUAAAAUAAAACAACCACUUAUGUAACCAACUGAAUGCUCAGUUGAACCAUUAUACCUUCUAUUCACCAGCUAGAACAUUACACAGGCUAGUUGAGGCAGCUAGUUUUUGAGAACUAUAAGUCUAUUUAUACCUACAGGUAAAUUUCGUGUAGUUCGAUUUAUAUCAGUCCCUUUGUAACUUGCAAGCACGGGGGCGCCCAACUUUGGCCAUCUUUCAUAUAAUUAAGGAGGUUUCCGAUCA